AUGCGGACCGUAUGUGCAGGGUCUUGCGUGCGUUCUCGCUGUGCCUUGUUUGUAAGUCCAUGUCUCGGCGCAUUGUCAUUGGAAGGGGGUGCCUGGAACGCGUCGUUCGUCUAUUUCCUGGAGAACGGUUCCGUUGUGGAGAACGGUUCCGUUGUGGAGAACGGUUCCGUUGUGGAGAACGGUUCCGUUGUGGAGAACGGUUCCGUUGUGGAGAACGGUUCCGUUGUGGACAGCGGUUCCGUUGUGGAGAACGGUGCGCUUAAGAACGGUUUGUCUUGUUCUGUGGUUUGCCAGAAUGAGUCUAUUUACGUGGGUACUCGUCGUCGUGCUAGGGCGAGUUAUUCUCGGGUUAAAGAUACAGAUUAUGUGUCUGUGAGUGAAGCGAAGAUUGAGGGUGUGUUAUCAUCUGAAGAGUGGACUAGGUUGCGGGGGAUUGAGGAGGCGGAUUUGCGAGAGUGCCGAUUGAUAUACGUAGAGUUGGGUGCGAUACUAUCAUCGUUUGCGUCAAGGCCGGUUGGUUUCGUAUCGUCUGUACAUUGGCCGAGUUGGUUUGGUAGUAUGCCGUUGCAUUUAAUCGAAGUAUGGAUAACGGGUUGUCUGUUACAGCGUUCAGGAGUUUCUAUAAGUCGUUUAGCAAAAUUAUGCGUGGAAUUAGGAUAUGUUCCACCCCGGUCUCGUUGGAGGUUGGAAUGUCUUCGGGAGAAGCCCCGUAUUCUAUAUGGGGAUAAACGAUACUCUGAUCAAGCCAGACAGCUGCUUACGCGUCUGGAAACGGAACUGGUCGGGUCAGUGACGGCUGGUACUUUCGCCCGCAUGGCCACGGCCUCAAGCGUUACGCAGAAAGCCUGGCUACUAUCUUUCAGAUCCUUCGACGCGUCCUCGGACGAGCACGUCAGAUAUAUCAGACCCACAGCCUGGGUCACCUCACACAUGAACAAUCAAAGGGCUGAAAUUUACGCCACGAAAACCACCUCAGGAGUUAUUCCCACCGAUUCCCACUUAACGGAAGCUGUUCCCACCGACGGAGGAGCGUACCGAUAUACCAGGGGUAAUUUAACUCAAUUUGCCAGGAAGAACAAAGCACCAGUGCUCACAGACAAACGAGUACAAGACAAGCUCACGGCGCUGGUAAACCGUGACUGGAUGCGAUUAGGUUCGAUGCAAUCGACGGACUUCGAGGCUUGCAGCUUAGCGUACGUAGAAUUGGGUACAGUCAUUGUUAAGCACGUCCACCACGCAUUCGGCAUCGCUUCUGCACCAGUAUUGGAACAGGUGGCUACCGCAUUGGACAAGGGACGUUUUACAUCACCUGUACUCGGCUGGGUAGCCGGGUGUAUCCUCCAAUAUGCCCGCUCAUCAAUUAACGAUCUUGCCAAAUUCUGUAUACACGAUCUCGCCUAUAGACCUUUACCCGAUCUCAUGCUCGAAUGCCUAUUUCGCAAACACGAAACUCACUUGCAGUAUCUUAAAAGAAAGGUCUAUGAUGACCCCUUAAAUUACCUCAUCCAACUUGUCUCCGGUCUGACGAAGAAAAUAUCACUGUCUGAAUUCGCCGCGCUUAUGCCCACAACACAAUAUUACAAGAAGGAAUACCUCCAGGAAUACUCGUACUACACUCAGCUACAAACCGGCAUGCGACCACGGAAUCGAACCGGCGGUAAAAUGAUCAAAAGUGGCUCGGCGAAGCAGACCAUCAAAAGCGGCAAGAGGAAAAAAACAGGCCUCUCUGAUACCGUGGCGAAAACGACUGACACCGAUACGGUGAACAUGGAUAAAAAGACCAAGACAUCUCCCCCAGCCCAGUUGGCAACAGCGAUUGUACAAGACGCCGACCCGUUGAUGUAUUGCCACCCAGAUGACGUGAUUGAAUUUCUUCGCUGGGUCGAAUCACGGUAG